AUGGGGGUGUUUAUAGGGAUCGAAUUCAAUGACCACAGCAUGGCCAUUGUUCAUAAAAGCUGGCUAACGCCUCGAAAAAAACACACUUAUUGGCCCCCUUACAAGAAACAGAAGCAAUUUUUGCAAGCUCUAAGGAAAGGUGAAGAACCGGGAGAAAAGUGGGACUUGCAUGAAGUCGUCAGACGUUUUUUUCAUGAAGAUGACUAUUCUAAGGCCUGCCAAAAGUUAAAGCUGGCUGAAGAACAGUCUAAUAUCCAGUCUGAUGAUGGCACAACAAAUAAUAAACGAAAACGGUAUCCACCAAAAAGACUUUCUUCUAGUGACGAAGAGGAUAUCCUCUCAUAUGAGAGAGGUGAACUUGGGCCUAGUGUUAGUCGGCGUAUUAGUGUUGAAGAAAAUCCUGAGCCAAAUACGUCAACCAGUGUCAUUUCUGUUGAUCGGGCAGGUUCCAUAGGAAAUAAAGUUAUUCAAGAUUCUAUUUUAAAAAUUUUAGGCCAAAUAAAAGAGCAAAAUAAUGAAAUUUUGUCGUUGGUACGGGAAAAUAGAUCCAAUUCAAAUACUUUACCACCUGGAGCGUUGCCGGCUAAUUUCUCAGUAAAGCUCCCAAUUAAUUGCCAAGAAGAUUUAGAGCAGUUGGAGAACUUUUUAACAACUGAUAGUGAGCUGCAUGCUUUAACGUUAUAUUUAUCUGGUUUCGGAGGUCGCGACUUGGCCAACACAACAAAUAGAAUAUUGAAGCAUAUUUUCAGAAAUUAUUUAGCAACAUUUUAUUCCUUUUUUGGCAAAAGAGCAAAUAAACAACCAUUUAGAGCUUUAAGGCUAAAAAUUGCUGUAAUUGACGCUGUAAAAACGAAAUUGACAGAAACCACCCAAAAAGACGUUGGGGAUUGCAUGAAACUUUGGCUCAAGCAUUCACCACAGCGACUCAAAAAUGAAAAGAAGAGUACUUUGUUAGAUACUGACUCUGCUAUUUCUGAUGAUGAACCAAACUAUGCUAUUAUAAAUACACUUAAAAAGGAUAGCUCAGUUGACGAGAUUAUUGAUAUAAGUAGUAAUUCUGUUGAUUUAAAAAAUAAUUCAAAAAAUGUACCUUUAACCAUGAAGUUAAAACAGUGGGUAGUGAACAGAAAUAUUCCCUAUGGAGCAGCUACUGAAUUGUUACAUAUAUUGUCAAAAUAUCAUUCAGAGUUACCACUGGAUUGCAGAACUUUACUUAAAACAUCCACCCCACUGCAUAUAAAAUAUUUUGAAAACGGUGGUGAAUUUUGUUAUCUUGGCAUAUUACAUAACUUAAAGCGAAUUGUGUCCCAAAAUAAAGGUUCUACUGUGGAAAACAAACUCAAAAUAAGCUUUAACGUUGACGGUCUUCCCUUAUUUAAAAGUAGCACUAUUCAAUUGUCGCCUAUUUUGGGACUUGUCAAGAACUUUAAUAACAGUCCCUUUGCUAUUGCUUUAUUCUGUGGCUCUCAUAAACCUGCUCCUUUAUCUCAGUUUUUUGAAACAUUCAUUGAAGAACUUCAAAUGUUACUAGAGUGCGGUUUUAAUAUUGAUGAACAUAAAUACUCAGUUGAAAUUGACAGCUUUAUAUUCGAUGCACGAGCACGUGCAUAUAUUAAAUGCGUUAAAUCGCACAGUGGAUACUCCUCUUGUGAUAAAUGCACAAUUUCUGGGGAAUAUUUAAAUCGGUCUGUUGUUUUUAGAGGUACAGCGCCCAAAAGAACAGACCUAUAA